AUGGCCUCCUCUUUCGUUAUCCGAACUCCCUGUUCAUCAGCCAACAUUGGACCUGGCUUCGAUGUGAUCGGUCUAGCCCUAUCCCUCUACCUUGAGCUUCAUGUUACCGUUGACUCAUCCAAGUCAUCCUCGCAGCAGCCCCUCAACUGUCUGAUCACGUACGAUGACCAGAGCAAAAGCACCGAGAAGAUCAGCUUGGACCCCGAGGUGAAUCUGAUCACCCGUGUAGCGCUUUAUGUGCUCAGAUGCCACGACCAACGGGCCUUCCCUUGUGAGACUAGUGUUCAUAUCGCCAAUCCCAUUCCUCUGGGUCGGGGUCUGGGUUCGUCCGGUACUGCGGUGGUAGCCGGUGUAAUGCUGGGAAAUGAAGUUGGUCGUCUGGGUUUGAGCAAGGAUAGACUACUUGACUACUGUUUAAUGAUUGAGCGUCACCCGGACAAUGUCGCCGCAUCAUUAUUCGGUGGCUUCGUUGGAACUUACCUGAACGAACUCAAGCCCGAAGACGUUGCUCGGACAGAAAUCCCUCUUAGUGAGGUUCUACCCGCGCCUGCCGGUGGAAUCGAUACCGGCAAACAGCCCCCAGAGCCCCCGCUGGGUAUUGGUCAUUACAGGAAGUUCCAAUGGGCCAAGGAGAUCAAGACGAUUGCCAUCAUUCCGGACUUCGUGGUGCCCACUGCUAAUGCACGGAAUGUGCUUCCCACGUCAUACUCUAGAGCCGAUGUGGUCUUCAAUCUGCAACGUGCUGCUCUGCUUCCCGCGGCAUUGGGCAGCUCACCACCUGACCCCGAUAUGAUCUAUCUUGCCAUGCAGGACAAGGUCCACCAACCAUAUCGCAAGACCCUCAUCCCAGGACUGACGGAGGUUCUCCAGUCGAUGAACCCAAGCACGCAACCUGGUCUCUUAGGUAUUUGCUUAUCGGGUGCAGGACCAACUAUCCUUGCGUUGGCCACUGAGCGGUUCGAAGAGAUUGCGGGCCGCAUUAUCUCUCAGUUCGAAGCCAACGACAUCUCUUGCCAGUGGAAGCUGCUGCAACCUGCCCAAGAAGGCACCACGGUGAAUUAUUCUUAA